AUGAAAUGUCAAUGUAUAGAUAAUAUGAUUAUUUGUGAUAAUGUAAAAAAUUUAACAUUAAUUGAUUUAAAUCGUAUAUUAUUGACCGAUAGUAGAUUUAUAACCGAUUUUUAUGUUACUAAUAAUAAUAUUCAAAAUCUCAAUAUUCCACUUAAAGUUAAAAUAUCUAAAAAACUUAUUCGUGUAAAUUAUUCAUCAAAUAUGAUACGAACAAUUGAUGAUCGAUAUUUCGAGCAGAUGUCAUCAUUAGAAUUACUUAAUUUAGACUAUAAUCAACUUGAAUCUAGUUCAAUACGAUCAUUUAAAUGGUUAAAAUCGUUAAAAUAUUUAUAUUUAAAACAAGCUUUUCAUUGGAGUAUAACCGGACCAAAUAAUCAACAAUUAAAUGACUUUUUAAAUAUAUUAAAAUUUCUCUCGAAUGCUUCUUAUUUACCAUAUUUAGAAGAAUUACAUUUAGAAUCUAAUAAUUUAAAAAUAAUCGAUAUUAUUUGGUCAAAAAUUGAUCUACAUUGUCUAUUUCCAACAUUAAAAAUGUUAUUUUUAACAAAUAAUAAUUUCAAUGAUGCCAUUUUUCAAACAUCAUGUCAAACUCAAAUAAUAAUGAUUAGCCUUGUAUCAAAUAAAAUACACGCUUUAUCUUACAAUUCAAUUCAAUCGUUAGAAUGGUUAAAAAUGAAUAAAGAAAAUUUUCAGUUAUUAAUUGAAUUUAAUCCAUUUAUUUGUAAUUGUACAACGGAAUACUUUAUGGAAUGGUUUAGUACUACUACAAUAAUACAAAAAAAUGUUCAACAGUCGUAUGCAUUUCAAUGUUUUAAUGAAUAUAAUAACAAUCAAACAUUAUUUAAUGUCAACACUAAUAAAUGUUUUCAAGCAAAAAAACAUUUUAAUCUAACAAUAAUCGUUUCAGUAGUACUAUCUCUAACUAUUCUUGCUUUAAUUGUAUUAGGUAUAGUUUAUAAAUGUAGAAAACAGAAGGUAAGAGCACGUACAAGAACGGUGACAUCUUAUUUAGAUCAAAAUACAACAUAUCUUCGAUGUGAUAAUGUUGAAGACGGUGUAGAAUUAGUUAAAAAUUAA